AUGAGCUGGCGGUGGAUGCACAACAUGGGCGGGUACACGAAUUGCAUCAACGAUGAGGAUGGGAAGUGGGCGAAGGAUUACUGUCCUGACGCGGCGACGUGCGCGAAGAAGUGUGGUGUGGAGGGCUUGAACUCCACCCAGUACAGCGACACCUAUGGCAUCAGCGCGUCGAAGGAUGCCUCCAGCCUGACGCUGAAGUAUGUGCCUGGCUCGCGCGUGUACAUGCUGGACAGCACGGGCAAGGAGUACCUGAUGUUCCAGCUGAAGAACAAGGAGUUCACCUUCGACAUCGACCUGUCCACCCUCCCCUGCGGAACGAACGCGGCCCUCUACCUGAUCGAGAUGGCCUCCGACGGCGGCGGCUCCGAGGCGGGCGCCGCGUACGGCGCCGGCUACUGCGACGCGCAGUGCCCGCAGGGCAUGAAGUUCAUCAACAACAAGGCCAACGUCGAGGGCUGGGGCAUGAUUCUGGCGGAGACCCCAGAGUACGAGUGGAUGGAGGUCGGCCCCGUGGGCAAGUACGGCGCCUGCUGCGCGGAGUUCGACAUCCUCGAGGCGAACAACCAGGCGAUCGCGAUCACGGCGCACCCCUGCAGCAUCGAGGGCCUCCAAACGUGCGAGGGUGAGGAGGAGUGCGGCAACAAGAGCAAGGGUCUGCCAGGAUUCUGCGACAAGGAUGGCUGCGGCAUCAAUCCGUAUCGCAUGGGGGAGCCCACUUUCUACGGCCCUGGCAAUAAGUUCACGUUGGACACGUCCAAGCCGUUCACUGUGGUCACCCAGUUCAUCACCGAGGACGGUACCGACGAUGGCGACCUCGUCGACAUCAGGCGCACGUACAUUCAGGACGGCGAGGUCAUCGACAACGCCGUCACCUCCGUCCUGGACGCGGCCGACCAGGGCAACUCCUUGAACGACGACAUUUGCACAGCAACCGUGAAGAAGUUCAACGUCACGAAGAAGAACGAGAAACAUCACACGGCGAGGAAGAGUAGGACCUGGAUGGACACCUUCAAGCUCGCGGGCGGCACCAAGGCUAUGGGCGAGGCCAUCGGCCGAGGCAUGGUGAUGUCCAUGUCGGUGUGGGACGACGGCCUCGGCAGGAUGAACUGGCUCGACAGCGAGAAGACGCUUAUCGACGAGGACACCAGCGAACCUGGCGUGGCCCGUGGCCCCUGCAGCUUCGAGGAGGGCGUCCCGAAGAAGCUCCACGCCGAGAACAAGGACGCCUACGUCACUUUCAGCAACCUGAAGAUCGGCCCCAUUGGCUCGACCUUCCAGGCCGACAGCGGCCAAGGCCCGCACCCCCCCCCGUUUGAUGAGGUCCCGCCGGCGGAGGCUGACACUGCCGCUACCGGGGCGGCCACGGAGGCUAGCGGCGCCGAGGACAACAUCGGGGAGCUAGCGGUGACCGCGACGGGCGAGUCGGACACCGCCUCCGACACGGUCAGCAACGUCGUGGCCACCGAGCCGGAGAUGACCACGACGGCGCGGCCGGCCACGACGGCGCCGCCAUCCACGGCGCCGCCCACGACGGCGUCCCCAGCGUCCACGACGUCGUUCUCCCCCACGCCGGGCUGCGAGUGGAUCCCGGAUGACAACUGCCAGGACGCAAACGAGUUCGCCUGCGCGUGCCGCAAGGCCAAUCCCGGGGGGCCCUGCACGGAGUGCGGCCCCAACAUGGGGCCUUCCACGCCGAAGACCAGCAUCGCCAGGCGCUUCGAGAUGCCCGCCCAGCCGCCGCUGCGCGCCGGGGCACCCUCUGGCGCGGCGGCGCUAGCGGCCCUGUGCGCCGCUGCCGCGGGGGCGGUCCUAGCGGCAGUCGCUGCGGCUGCCCGCCGCGGCCGCCAGGGCCCGUCGGACGUGCAGCUGCUCGCCGGCGACGAGGAGGCCAUGAACGUGGAGUAG